AUGACAUUAGAUAUGGAUCAAAGUAUACAUGAAAAAUAUAAACAUUAUUAUUGGGGAAUUCCGGAUUCUCCAAUAGACUGGUGCGAGAAUAAUUACCAGAUAUCACCAUAUAUUUGUGAGUUUUACAAUACCUUUUCAUCGUUUGCCAUAUCGUUUUUCGCAUUGUAUGGUGUCUUUCUUUUAACCUAUCCCUUUGGUGGCAAAUUACAACAACAUGUCAAAAUACUUAAAUCACUAGAGAUUCGUGGACGUACUUUAUUGGCGUACGCCGCAUUGUCGACGGUCGGUGUCGGAUCGGCCUUUUACCACGCAACUCUUCUCUACAAACACCAACUGUUUGAUGAGUUCCCAAUGGUCAUCUCUGUCUCUUUGUUUGUCUACUGUAUAUUGACGAUUCGUCCCAUCAGCAAACAAGAUUCUCCCAAAUACCGUCUCUUCCGUCACCUCCUCCCCUGGGUACUAUCAUUGUACGUGUGUGUUGUCGCCGGCACCAUCUUUGUCAUUCGUGACGUACCAACUAUCCUCCAAGUAUCAUUUGGAGCCCUUGUUUUCAUUCUCAUCACCAUCUCUCAACAAACCAUCAAGACGGUGGAAGAACCACUCUUCAAAUCCAAUCCAAAACGUUUACUCCUCUACUCUACCAUUUCCAUGGUCACCGCAUAUUUCAGUUGGUUGAUUGAACGUAAACUAUGCUCGGACGGCGGCUACGUCAUCCCAGGUCUUCAGUUGCAUGCCAUCUGGCAUGUACUCACCGGUCUCUCUGGCUUUUACUGGAUGCAAUUCUAUCUUUGUCUAUAUCUCGAAAAAUUAAACUACAAGACUCAAAUCAUUUGGAGUUGGUUUGGCGUUGGUUCAAUCAUUGCCAAUAUUAAAUCAAGUUCCCCAAAUUUAAAUAAUCAAAAUAACCAGAAUAAUAAUAAUAAUAAUAAUAAUCUAAAUAAUAUUAAUACUAAUUAA